AAUAUGUUAUAUUAUAUUUUCACAAAUUUUUCUGCAGGCCUGAUGUCUAAGUCUCCGGCUGAAUAACUUGAAAAUUCUUAUUAGCAAAGAUGGCUUUGAAUUAGAAAAAAAUGGACGACCAUCUGUCAUUAAUUGUUUAUAUCUGUUUGACAUUUGGCUUUUUCGAUAUUUUGUGAAAUCAAAAAUGGUAUUCUCCAGUAGCGAACAACGUGAUAUGGUCCAAAUUUACUAUUCUUUGAAUAGAAAUUCGCAACGCUCCUGCCAACAAUAUCUGGAGCAAUAUCCAGAGCGCCCCCAACCUAAUUAUACGUAUUUCGAAGCUUUGGACAGGAACCUUAGCCUCUAUGGAAGUUUCACUAAACCUCGAAAUAUGUAUGGGACUCGAGUGCAUCCUGAAACCGAGCAGGCGAUUAUUAAUGCUGUUACCCAAAAUCCACAAGGUUCAACCAGACAAUUUUCCCGUGAAUUGAAUAUGCCAAGUACCCGUAUCCACAGAGUAUUGAGAAAAAAUCGCUAUCGCCCCUAUAAACUUCAUAUCAGUCAAGAACUUAGGCAUGGAGAUACCGAUAGAAGGCUUCAGUUUUGCAAUUGGUUGAACGAAAAACUGCAAGAUGAUGAAGACUUUUUAAACAAAAUAAUUUGGACAGAUGAAUGUAACUUUUCGACCAACGGGCUAUUUAAUCGGAAUAAUGAACAUUUUUAUUCAGUCGAAAAUCCGAGACAAAACCGCGAAGUAAGAAGACAGGGGCAUAAUUCUUUCAACGUUUGGGUGGGUCUUUACAGGAAUCGAAUUUUGGGACCUAUUAUACAGGGUGAGUUUUUUAAAGUGUUACAAUGCGAUAUGUCAAAAACGGCUGUAAAUUUUUUUUUGACAUUUUGGUGACAUUUCAAGUAUACCGGGGGGCACUUUUUGUGAUAUUUUUGACAUUUGUCCCUUCAUCCCCCUAAGAGGGGCAGAGGGUCACUUCCUUAUUUUAAAUGGAAUGACGUGUUUUUUAUUCCUAAAUA